AUGGAAGAAGCAAUAAAAGCAGCAGCAAAUAUUUGUUCAACAUCAGUAAGUGACAUGCCGAAAGAACUUGUUAAUCAUCUUUAUAAGAAUGGUGCUUUUUUGAUUUUCCUCGAUGUACCAGAAGGAACAGAAUUCGGAAUUGAUUACAAAUCAUGGCAUGUUGGAAAUAAAUUUCUUGGAAUGAAAAUGAUACCACCUGGAAUUCAUUAUAUUUACUUCAGUGUCAGAAAUGCGCCAAGAAUUGGUUUUUUUCAUAUUUUCGGAGAACGUGAAAUUCUAGUGAGAAAAUGGGAUAAAUUACGCGAAGAUACGACUGUUGGGAAAAUUAGUGAUGAUGAAAUAUCUCGUCUGAAAUCAAAUUUGAAACAAAUGGAUGGUGGUCUUGCCCCAUAUCCUUAUGAAUGCUAUCGAUCUUGGUUCGCUUUAAGCAAUCAUAUAACGGGCAAAACUAUUGAAAGAUUGAGACCGGAAAAUGAAUUUGGUCGUAUCACUGGUCAGACUGAGCUGAUAACGAUGGAAAAUGAAGUGUUCGAAAAUGAACCGAAUGUAGGCUGUUCAUCCAGGGUUACUCGAGACAAUCCUACUCGACUUCGAUUUGUAGAUAAUGAUGGUCUUCCCAUUAUGAAUGUACGACCAGGAUUUGAAAUUCGAUUUUCUAAAAUACCACAGUACGGUCUAACUAAUCGUGAAUCUGCAGCCAUUAGUGGUAUAGAUGAUACAUGGAAAUUAGAAACUAUGAUCGAAGUGUUGCAAGGUGAAUCUUUGGAAAUUAUUGCUGAAUUGCAAUUUGCCUUUGUUUGCUUUUUAAUUGGACAAGUAUAUGAAGGAUUUGAACAAUGGAAACGUUUGAUUCUUAUACUUUGCAGUUGCAAGAAAGCAAUUGCAUCGUACAGCAGUCUUUACUUUACUCUUCUUCAAGUUCUUUUUUUCCAGUUAAAGGAAUGUCCAAAAGAUUUUUUCGUUGAUAUUGUAUCAAAAGAUAAUUUUCUUACUACGACUCUUUCGAAUCUUUUCGCUAAUAUUGAAGAUUCUGAAACUGUUGAUUCAUCGCUGAAAGAAAAAUCUCGGAAGUUCAAAAUUUUUUUGACUAAACGAUUCAAGUGGAACUUCGACCAGUCUGAAGCUGAUGUUCCAAUAUCAUUUGAUCACUACUAUCAAAGAUGUCAUCUUUUUGAAGAUUGGAAAGCAGAAAAAAUGGGAGAAUAG